AUGUCUGCCCUGCCCCUAACCAGUCCUCCGCCCCCCACUUCCUUCCUUGUCCUCACCUAUCCUGCUCCCCGAGUUGUCAUGAUGAGGAUGAACCGCGAGAAGGACCUCAAUUGCACAUCCGCCUCGGCAGUCCUGGAGAUGACAGCGGUGUUCAGAUGGUUUGACGCAGAGCCAAGCCUGACAGUGGCAAUAUUGACUGGGACUGGCCGCGCUUUCUCCACCGGGGCAGAUCUCAAAGAGUGGAACGCAAAGGUCGCCGAAGCAGUUGCACAAGGCAAAGAGACGGCUAAUCUAGGUCCCGGCAACGUUCCAGGAGUCGAAGCAUUGAGCAAUCGACGUGGCAAGAAGCCGAUCAUCGCUGCAGUCAAUGGCUUAGCACUGGGAGGCGGCUGCGAGUCUGCCAUCAACUGUGAUCUGCUCUUGGCGAGCGAGCGAGCCACCUUUGGCUUGGUAGAGAUUCAACGUGGGUUGGCUGCCUACUCUGGAGCUCUCCCCAGACUCAUCCGCACGCUUGGACUACAGCGCGCAUCCGAGUUCGCAUUGACAGGUCGAACGAUUUCCGCGCAAACAGCCUACGACUGGGGUCUUGUCAACAAGGUUGUACCACACGAGCAAUUGGAGCACGAAGCGAUCAAGUGGGCGAGCGAGAUUGGUGAUAUGUCUCCAGACUCGGUCAUAUGUACAAGAGCCAUGCUACGAGAAGGAUGGACAACGGCAGAUGUUGUAGAAGCGACCAAUAUCAGCAACGGGCGCCAGUGGGAAGAGCUGCAAAGAGGUGACAACAUGCGGGAAGGGCUUACAGCGUUUCGUGAGAAGCGGAAGCCUGUGUGGCAGGCAUCACGAUUGUAG